AUGGAUCCCACUGCACAGAAGAAGAUACCACCGAGCGAGCUUGGAACGCUGGAUCGUCUUCCAAAUGAGCUUCGCGACGUUGUCUACAGCUACCUUCUCAAGGGCGAAAACGUCAAGGAAUCAUCCCACUACGACCGCUGGGUCGAGGACCGUGCUGCGAUCCACUUGGUACCCACUCGACGGCAAAGUACCGCCCAUACUUACCAAUUUCACACGAACAUUCUUUUGGCGAGCAAGAGUAUUCGUGAAGAAGCUAAAUUACAGCUCCGCUCGAGCGAUUUUAUCUUCUUCUCCUUCCAAUGGCCCAACCCUUGGUCCUCCCCCGGCGAAAUCAUACACACUCACAACGUACCGGUUGUCUCCGAGAGCCAGGCCGGCAUCGAUCGAUUUGCUGGUCUGGGCCAUGAUCCGAUCCAUCUUUACUUACGCUUUCCGACCUACCCAGACAGCUUCCCAGCGCAAGGCAUCCUGAUCCUGCCAAUGGAUCUCAGGCUCUUGCUGCAUGCUCUUCCUGACAGCUCCGCUCUUGCACUCAUAGCUGACACUAAACUUUUGAGUGGAAUCGGAGACAGCAAACUAAGAGCAUAUACCGGUUACGAGAAGAACCGGAGAUUUGAACUAUCGAUCCAGCCUCAUCGUGUACUCGGAGCUCCUAGCAUUGGCAACCGAAUCGAAAGGAUCAUGAAGCCGUUUCUCUAUCCCGUCAUUCCGGCACUGAAGGUGUCUCUUAAUGUUCACGCAGCAGACAGGCUCGAAACUUCGCUCGGAGACCUGGCACUAUCGGUAUCCGCAUCGUUCAAGGAGAAGGAGGAGCAGCGCCCAUUUAUGCCGCCGGGUCUACUUUCGCACAUUCAAUCUGAAGCCGGACCAGAGCGCCUUUGGAUUAAAUCGUGGGCAUUUGACACUCUCGACCGAACCAGAGCCAUGCUACGCCUUGCAAACGCAUUGAUUCUGGAAGACGACUACCCAAGAGCCAUCUUGGCCAUCCAGUCCGUAUUGCACAACGCACGCUUCGGCAUAAUAUUGAGUGGUCCCGAGGACAUCUACGUUUCGGAUUCUGCGGUCCCGCUGGUACUAUUGUGGGAUGUUCUGAUCAGGGCUGCUUCAGUGAUGACGAACCUGCUGCUUAGAGUGGAACGUUUCGACAGGGCCAACGAUUCGUGCAAGCGGCCAUUCACGGUCAUCGUAAAAUUUGUAGAUACCACGGUCACAAGUGGACUCUCCAAGGAGAUCAAGAAAAUCACGACCAGCGAGAGCCGCCAACAGGGCCAAGCUUCCUCGAUCAUCAUCUUCACGCAUUCAACCUCGCCAUGCUGGAGCAAUAUUGACACCAUCUUGGAUCAAGCAAGCACAAGUGCUCUCCCGGCUCGUACGAUUGACUUUUACACCCCAGGCCACAUCUUCCCACCCAAAAUGCACGGCUGGGAGAUCCUCGAUUAA